AUGAUUCAAGUUUUUCAAAAAAAACGAGUUGAAAUAGCAUUGUUUUUAGACCAAACAGUAGAAUACACGAAAUGUGGAAAAGAGUUUUUCUGUAUGGAAAAAUUGUUAUUUUUUGCUGACCAGUCCUUAAAAUUCCUUGCUAAUAUCAAUGAUUUUUUAAAGCAAAUGAAUCAAGAAGAGAUUGAACAUGUUUCAUCUGGUAUGAAAGAUCGUAAAAUAGUUUUACGUCUUUUUGAAUGUGUUAUGUCACUUUGUUUGAGCCUUUCUCAGCGAUAUACUUCAAUUUUGGACCACGAGACACAUGAUAUUAUGUCUAAAACAUUAGAUCGUAAUCCAAUGAAGAAUACGUUAUGGAAUAAUGAGAAACUUAUGAUUAAUAAUAGUGGAAUAUUUGAACAAAUGAUUUGUGUUUUUGAUAAUAUUUUGAAAAAUGAUGUAUUUAUGAAUACUUUUAAUAUCAAAGAAAAAAGUGUUUUAUGUAUAUUAAAUAUUUAUGGAGAACUUGGAUUUGGUCCUGCUAGUGAGAAUAAAAAUUGGCUUGAAAAGUUUUACAGUCUUUUAGAAAGGUAA